CAUAUAGUAAUCAGUGUUUGGUCCUCGAAACGUAUUUAGAUAAACGAACUAUAGUUUAAUCCUGCCUGUUUAGUUUGUCAGUUCUUGUCUGAUCGCAAUCAUGACCCAGAAGUGCAAGAAGAUUAUAAUAGACGAUGUGGCAUACGAAGUUGUACCCCCUGAUGGAGGAUGGGGUUACUUAGUGGCACUAGCUACCACUGUCAUGUAUUUAUCCACAGUCGUUCCUAUUGCUGGAUUUGGAAUAAUAUUCAAAGACUUCUUUGCAAGUUUUGGAGAUGAAACCAGAGGAAUCACUUUGACCAAUAGUAUCUUUAACACAGUGAGUUUCUUCAUGGGAUUGGUAACAAAUAUUUUAUUAAUAAAAAUCUCAUACAGAAAAGUGGCACUUCUAGGAUCAAUGUGUCAUAUUAUUGGUACAGUUGGAACCAUUUUUAUAACAAAUCUGCCAGGAUCAAUUUUGUUUAUUGGAAUAUUUCAAGGAAUGGGAUUUGGCUUAUUGCAACCCGCAGCCCUAUCAGCUUUCAACGAGUAUUUUGACAAGAGACUACAAUUGUGGAUAAGCAUAUCACAAACAGGUAUGGUAAUAGGUUACAUGUCCAUGCCAUUCUUCUCCACCUGGUCACUAAGUUUCUUUGGCUUCAGAGGAACGUUACUGGUUCUAAUGGGUCUGAGUCUGUUAACUCUUCCAGUGGCUUUGACACUGCAACCUGUAAAACAACAUUUGAAAAUGAUAAGAAUCCAUGAAGAUAUCGAAAUGCUAUAUGCAAACUCUGAUGAUGAUAUAAUUAAGACAAAGAUGAAUAAAGAGCUUCCUGAAAACGAUGAUAAUGAGGAAUUGAAAUCAGAAAAACAAACAAUAUGCCAUCAGAUUAGAAACUCUUUCGGACUAUUAAUGGACCCCAAAUACCUCAACCUUUCCAUUGGAUUGGCACUGUGUUUCACUGCCGAUAUAGCCUUCUAUCCAAUCAUCCCUUUGGUACUGGCCCAUUUGAACUACACCAAUUCUGAAAUAGCUGCAAUGAUGAGCGUGUACUUUGGAGCUGAUUUGUUGGCCAGAAUUGGACUGUCCCUUGUUUCGGUUUGCGUGGUUUACAAGAGCAGAAGAUUGUUUUACGCGGCGGCACUUUUGAGCAGCAUUUUCAGGAUAGGGUGGCUCACGUACGACUCCUUCUGGUGGAAAACUGUAAUAAUGGCCGUGUUGGGUACGCUGCGUUGCUUCAUAGAAACUCUUGUAUCAUUGGUAAUAUCUGAAGAAUAUCCAGACAGAUUUUCAUCGGCAUUUUCUUUAUAUAUGGUAGCCAAUGGCAGUACCUGUUUGAUAUGCGGAGCAAUAAUGAAUUACAUCAAAUAUUCGACAAGUAGUGACAUUAUAACCUGUCAUGUCCUUACAGCUGCCUUUCUCAUUAGCGUGACGUCAUGGUCUGUAGAAUGGUGCAUUCGUGAGAAAAAGAAAUAAUUAAAUAUUAGAUUUUAUAUUAUUUUAUAUGAAUUUAGGUAGAAAAUAAAAUAAACUAAAAUUAACUUU